ACGUUCCAUACGCUUGCCAAAAACGACAGUCUCUUCCACGUAAGAGUCUUGGUAAACAUAUUUUGACGUGUACUGACGGAAGUACUCCAUUUGAGACACAGCGUGUCUGUGUUGUGUUUCCGUUGUUCGGCAAAUGACAAGUGCUAGAGCGACAGGCGAACCGACAUUUGUUGUUUAUUGUUUGGAUACAAUUACGUUCCUUAUUUUACCAUCGCGCUUAUUGGAAACCGCCGGAUGAAUGGCCACGACCGCAGUAAGAGCAGUGGCUGCAGCGGGUGGCCAGGCGUCUUUGUCUCGGUUCAGGGGUGCUCUGGUCGCGGCUGUGCUGGGCGACUGUGUCGGCGGAGAGUUUGAGGGAGCGGAGGACGUUCCGAUGGAGAAUGUAUUGCGGCACAUAAACAGUCUCGACGACGAGGCGAAAGAGAAUGGUACCCUUGAGUACAGUGAUGACACAGCCAUGGCCCGUUGUGUGGUCCAGUCUCUGCUGACCCGGUCUGGCUUUGAUGAACAGGACAUGGCUCGCAGGUUUGCAAAGGAGUACAGCUUGUCCCCAGGUCGUGGUUAUGGCUCUGGAGUAAUCCAGGUGUUGAAGAAACUGGCAUCCCCUCAGCUCACUGACGUGUACCAGCCAGCCAGGGACCAGUUUAAUGGUCGGGGCUCUUUUGGGAAUGGGGGAGCAAUGAGGGCGGCCCCCUUCGCGCUGGCCUUCCCUGAUCCAGCUGAUGUUAAAAAGUUUGCUCGUCUGGGUGCCAUGCUCACCCAUUCCUGUUCUCUGGGCUACAACGGGGCAGUCCUACAAGCAUUCGCGGUCCACCUAGCCCUGCAGGGUGCCUUGGACCUGCCUCAGAAGUUCAUCAACACACUAAUCGCAGAGAUGGAGGAAUUUGAAUGUGAUGAGGCAGCACGGAAUGAUGCCAGAAUCCUGAAAGAAGCAGAGAAGCCAUUCUGUGACCGCCUUCAUCGAGUCAGAGAUUUGAUGGACAGGAACAAGGUCACCAUAGAGGAGGUCAUCUCUGAGCUGGGUAAUGGCAUUGCAGCACUCCAGUCAGUUCCAACUGCCAUCUUCUGCGUUCUUCAUUGCUUGCAGCCAAGGGAAUACCUUCCAGAGAAUUAUGGUGGUGUGGAGCGAACAAUAGCAUACAGCCUUGCCCUGGGAGGGGACACAGACACUAUAGCCUGCAUGGCCGGGGCUAUAGCCGGCGCACACUACGGCAUCGAGGUCAUUCCUCAAACCUGGAUCCGCUGCUGUGAGGGGGCAGACGAUGCUGAUGUGGAUGCAGAGCGACUUCACAAGUUGUACCGCCAGUUGUCAAAGGAAAACAGGACGAGAUCAGGGAAUCGGAGCAAAGAAGAUACUUCGGAAAACCGAUCCAAGUCUUCGCAUGGCGCAGACAAGACAACCCAAACCAAAAACAUAUAAGUUACACAAAUACUGUACAUUCACAGACAGGACUGUUUCCGACUGUCACCUCAGAAACAGGGAUGAAAGGCAAAUUAUUCUAACACAGCAAAUUUCUUCCUUAAUAAUUCGAUAUAUUGCAUUGAAGAAGGCAAUAGAGUAUCUAAUUUGACAAGCAAAAUGCAUUUCCUUCGUAUUAUAAAAUGCCACAAUCAACAACAAUGACAGUAAUGCAGAAAUAUGGUGUGUGCAUCAACGUAACACAUAUAUCUGUUCCUUUCCUAACCUUGUCUUUUUGUACUGAACCAUCCCAAGUUGUUUCUUUGAUCAUUUUGGUGAAGAACCAUUAUUUAAUAAAAAGGCCAAUAAGUUCA